AUGUCUAAUUUUGCACCCCAAGCUCAGGGUUGGCUGAUGAAACAACGCCAUGGCAUUCGAAAAUCAUGGGUGCGGCGCUAUUUCGUUCUUGAAGGCAAUGAGCUACGAUACUACAAGAGCGAGACUGAUACCUUGCCCCAGAAUGUGCUGCAUCUUGAUCAGUACCAAAUUGUAACCGACGUUAUCCCGAUUGCCUUACCAUCGAUACUCAAAAAGCAGCCUUCACGACAAUACACAUUCUUGUUGCUCUCUAAUGAUAAAAAUGAGCGAUCCGAUAUGUUUCUGCAAACCGAGACCAAAGAAGAGCUGGAUAUCUGGGUCUCUGCUUUGGAGCAACAACAAAUGGGAUCCACAAGUGUUCUCGACAAGUGGCUCGAACGACUCGAUAUGCACACGCAUUCUUCAGCUAUACCACCACCAUUGCCAUCGUAUAUGGAUCGUGCUGGUUCAUCGACAUCAUCGCUCUUGUCACCACAACAACAACGUCGACCCACUUUACGAGGCCAUCGAUCAUCUGAAUCACUUGCUAGUAGUCUUAGUUCAUCCAACUCUAUGACGGCUUCAACAAGAUCUUCGUUUGGAGAGUUGCGACGCACAUCCAAUCCAUCAACCGUUUCAUCUACUUCAUCCAGCAACAAUAAUCAUCCCAAUAGUAUACAUAGUAGUAACAAAUUCCUCUCUAAUUUAUUCCAUCAUUGGUCGUCUCGCCCAAAGUCACCAGCUCGCAGCGUUAGCCCUCCACCACCUCUAGCAUCAACACAACUUUCAUCUACUACCGCUGAUCCUAAUACGGAAAAGAAUGACAGCGUAUCUAUAAAGGAGACCGUUUCUUGCAACGUGGCACCAGCAAUGCCGAUCAUUCAUCCCAGCGAGUACAACAAGUGUUAUAAAGAUGUUCACCAGCAAAUUCGAUCACGAUCCUCUUCCAUUGCUUCACGAAGAAACAUCCAAGUGACUCCCAUAGUGGCAUCUCCUUCUUCCUCCUGUUGUUCGGCAGCAUCCGCCACUGGUAUGGCGCGUGGUCGUUCGUUUCCUGCUGGUGGGGGUGAGGCAUCAUCAGCAAUUAUUGGUGGUGGUGUUGAUAGUAAUGAUCAUCCCUCCUCAUCUGUCUCCUUUUCCUCGGUUCCAGACAGGUUUCCACGUGCUUUGACAACCCCUGCUCUUGAUGAUUCCGCAUAA